CCUCACCUUCACUCUACAACACAAGGUAAAAUAAGGUACUCAGUCAUUGUCAAAAUUCGUUAGAUCCAAAUCCAUUGCAUAUAUAUUGUGAACACCCACCAUGACAGACCCAUUGAAAUCACUAGACCAAGCCUCGGCAGUCUCUCGGAAAACAUACCCCAUUGCGGGGAUCCUCACCACAGUCUUCGGUCUGGAUGAACUGCCUCCCCAAGCCUCUGAAGUCGCCUGCCUCUGGCUCUUGCAUCCCAGACUCGGGACGCAAGAGCGCAUGGUGGGCAUCGCAACGGCCAUCAUCAAUGACUGGAAUCAGCGGAUUCGAGACGGCCGCGCGGGUCCCAAAGGCCCAGCCAAGGGACUGAUCGCCGUUACCUUCGACCAGCGCAAUCAUGGCUCGAGGUUGGUUGACCCGCUGGGCAAUGAGUCCUGGAAGAAAGGGAACCCCCGUCAUGCGCAGGAUAUGUUCUCCAUGUUCCAGGGCACCGCAAAGGAUGUAUCGGUGUUAAUCGACUAUCUCCCCUCAUACGUCUUCCCCAAGACCGAGCGCACCGUUCCAGAGAACCUCGUGCUAGGCGUAUCCCUAGGCGGCCACGCCGCAUGGAGCUGCCUCUUCCAUGAACCCCGCAUCAGCACCGGUGUCGUGAUCAUCGGCUGCCCCGACUACGUCAACUUGAUGGCAGACCGCGCGCGACUGUCGAAGCUCCCCGAAUGGACCACCAGCGACCCCCCGGGCUCUCAAUUCCUAGGAUCCGAGGCCUUCCCGUCCACCCUGCUCUCCACAGUCCGGAAACUGGACCCGGCUAGCUUGCUCCUCGGCGUGAUGGGCAAGAAGAACAAGUCCCGGCCGCUGCGCAAGAAGCCCAUUGCGGAGCCCUCGGAGGCAGAGCAGAAGGCCCUCCGCCCCCUGCUGAAGCGGACCAUCGCAGGGAAGAACAUCCUGACUCUGUCUGGCGGCGUCGACAAGCUGGUGCCGUACCACCGGGGCGAAAUCUUCCUCAACUGGCUGAAACAGGCUAUCGGCAGCACGGGCUGGUUUGCGGAUGGCGCCAUCACGUUCGAGGAUAUCAUUGACGAGAAUGCCGCCCACGAGGUGACUCCCAAGAUGGUUGCCGAAGCGGUUAGGUUCGUUGGGGACGUCUUGGCUGGUGGGGAAGACUCGAAAUCAGGCAUUGUGCGCGAGUCGAAGAUAUAAGCCUGGAUUCUCC